CUCCUGAGCAGGUGGCUGGCCCAGCAGAGAGACGCCAUGAGGGUGCUGCUGCUUUUAGGGUCCCUGCUGGUGAACCUGGAGUCGGUGCUUUCGGCUCCACCUUGGAAAGCCUCCAAUAAGUUCAAACACAAGGUGGAGGUGCACCCGGCGGAUGAGCACACAGUGGUCAUCACUGUCACGGGCGAGCCCUGCCACUUCCCCUUCCAGUACCAUCGGCAGCUGCACCACAGAUGUAUCCACAGGGGCAGGCCUGGCCCCCAGCCUUGGUGUGCUACAACUCCAAACUUUGAGCAGGACCAGCAGUGGGCAUACUGCCUGGAGCCUAAGGCAGUGAAAGACCACUGCGGCAAGCACAGCCCCUGCCAGAGCGGAGGGACCUGCUUAAACAUGCCCAAAGGCCCAUACUGCCUCUGUCCAGAGUACCGCACAGGCAAGCACUGCCAGAAAGAGAAGUGUUUUGAGCCCCAGCUUCUGCGCUUCUUCCACGAGGAUGAGAAGUGGUACAGAUUUGGGCCCACGGGCGUGGACAAAUGCUGGUGCAAGGGGCCUGACGCCCACUGCAAGCCACUGGCCAGCCAGGCCUGCCAUACCAACCCGUGCCUCAACGGGGGCCGCUGCUGGGAGGCCGAGGGACACACCCUGUGCCGUUGCCCCGAGGGGUACGCGGGGCCCCUCUGCGACGUGGACACGAGGGCGCACUGCUAUCACGGCCGCGGCCUCAGCUACCGCGGCGCGGCCCGGACCACCCUCUCGGGCGCGGCCUGCCAGCCGUGGACUUCGGAGGCCACCUACCUGAACGUGUCUGCUCACCAAGAGCUGCAAUGGGGGCUGGGCCGCCACGCCUUCUGCCGGAACCCAGAAAAUGACACCCGUCCGUGGUGCUUCACGUUCAAAGGCGACCAACUGAGUUGGGAGUACUGCCACUUGGCACAGUGCCCGGUCGCAGCCAAGACCUCGCCCCUGCUUCCCGUCCCCACCCGGGGGCUUCUGGAGCCUUCAGCCGCGGAGGGGCCUCAGCCCAGCAACCCAGCCGUGCUCGCAACACCCGAGCAGCAGGAUCCUCUGACUGCGGCGGGUCCCGUGGGCUGCGGGCAACGGCUCCGAAAGCGGCUGUCCUCUCUGAAACGCAUCGUCGGGGGACUGGUGGCGAUGCCAGGCGCGCACCCCUACAUCGCCGCGCUGUACUGGGACCAGAAUUUCUGCGCUGGCAGCCUCAUCGCCUCCUGCUGGGUGCUGACGGCCGCUCACUGCCUGCAGAACCGGCCGGCCCCGCAGGAGCUGACCGUGGUGUUGGGCCAGGAUCGCCAUAACCAGAGCUGCGAGCAGUGCCAGACGCUGGGCGUGCGCGCCUACCGCCUGCACGAGGCUUUCUCUCCCACCAGCUAUCAGCACGACGUGGCCCUGCUGCGCUUGCAAGAGCGCGAGGACGGCAGCUGCGCGCGCCUGUCGCCCUAUGUCCAGCCCGUGUGCCUGCCCAGCGGCGCUGCUGCGGGACCCGCCGAGACUGAGGCUUCGAAUUGCGAGGUGGCCGGCUGGGGCUACCAAUUCGAGGAGUCUCAAGAAUAUUCCAGCUUCCUGCAGGAGGCGCGCGUGCCGCUCCUCCCCCGAGAGCGCUGCUCCGCCUCCGACGUGCAUGGAGCCGCCUUCCUGCCGGGGAUGCUGUGCGCUGGCUUCCUCCAGGGCGGCACCGACGCUUGCCAGGGUGAUUCCGGGGGCCCGCUGGUGUGUGAGGAUGAAGCCUUGGAGAAGCGAGUUGUCCUGCGGGGUGUGGUCAGCUGGGGCUCUGGCUGUGGCAACCGCUACAAGCCUGGAGUCUACACGGAUGUGGCCAAUUACGUGGCCUGGAUCCAGGAGCACACUGCUUCCUGACCGCGCUGGGCACUUCUUUUUUCCUGUGCGUGGUGGGCAGAUGGCGGCGGCAGGACAUCGAAGACUGCGUUCUAGUCCCCUGAGCCGCCAGCCUGGACCGGGUGUGGCAAAUGCACUCAAUAAAGUGCUUGGCAAAUGCUUA